GAAGAGAGAGAGAGAACAGGAGAAAAGUAAAGAAACCGUCUCCUCUUUCUCUAUGCAAGUCCUCCCGAGCUCGAGCUACUCUUGUUCACAAAUCAUCUUCUCACCAGAAACUAAAACCCAUUAACCCCAUUUCUUCAUCGAAUCGUCCUCCAAAAAAAAGCAAGAAAAAAUCAUCAAUUUCCAUUGAAAUAACCCACAUUUCUCACGCAUUAUUCUUCUCUCAAAACACCCAUGAUCGUUCCUCUUUUCCUCUGCAGAAAAACCCACAUUUGUCUCCCAUCAUUCUUCUCUCAAAAUACCCACGAUCGUUCCUCUUUUCUUCUGCAGAAAAACCCACAUUUCUCCUCCAAUUUUUACCUCAAAAAACCAAUCUUAAACCCACUUUUCCAGUCUAUUUUCUUGCGACUUCACAGAAAUUCCGGUAACUAACAACUGCUCGAAGGACCCACAUUUUCCAGCAACUCCUGCAUUUUCUGGCAAUUCCUCUGCAAAUUCCGGCAAUUCGUGACCUGAAAAGGAAAACCCAAAUCGCCAUGUGUCGAGAAUGAGCGGGAGAAGGCUCAUAGUCGAAGUGGUUGAUGCUCGAGACCUGCUGCCGAAAGACGGGUUGGGGAGCUCGAGCCCUUAUGUAGUCGUGGAUUUCGAUGGCCAGAGAAAGCGAACAAAGACUGUUUUCAGAGACCUCAAUCCUUCAUGGCACGAGAAGCUUGAAUUCGAUGUCACUGAUCCUGAAACAGUGGCGUAUGAAGACCUCGAAGCCGAGGUUUACAAUGAUAAAAGGACUGGAAAUGGAAGAAAAAGCCAUUUUCUUGGUCGUGUGAGAUUAAACGCGGGCCAAUUUCCAAGGAAAGGGAAUGAGGCCUUGGUGUAUUUUCCAUUAGAGAAGAAGAGCUUUCUCAGUUGGAUAAGAGGGGCAUUGGGGUUGCGGAUUUAUUACACCGACGAGCCGGAAAACCCAGUUCCAGCGCCGGAAGAUGAGAAGUCUCCGGAGAAUGAGACAAAGCCGCCAGAAGAUUACACAGAACCGCCAGAAGAUGACACAAAACCGCCAGAGAGUGAGCUCUGUCCGAUGCCCUCAAGCCACGCCACCCAAAUAGAGGAGCAGAACAGCCCUCCGGAAAACACAGCUCCACCGCCGGAAAAUGCAGUUCUGGCGACGGAAGCCUUUAUUCCGGGGCCUGAAACCCAACCUCCACCUCUGGAACAUGCACCCCCACCCCCAGAAACUCGGAUUCCAGUACGCCCACCAAUAGGAAUGACUCCCCGGAGAGUGUACGGAUCCGGCGCGUUUACCGGUGAAACGAAGAUUUAUCCGGCGCAUGAUUUGGUCGAGGCCAUGAAAUACCUCUUUGUGAGAAUCGUGAAGGCUCGAGGCUUAGCUCAGGGUUCGGGACUCGAACCGGUGGUCAAGAUCAGGCUUGGUAGUUAUAGUGUACGUAAGAGACCAGAUUCUCGGAACUCUUUCGAGUCGAAUCCAGAAUGGAACCAGGUCUUCGCUUUUGGACGUGAGAGACUCGAUUCGAGCGCCAACACCUUAGAGAUCUCGGUUUGGGCUCCUUCUCCAACAACAGGAGGUGGUGGGUUUCAGGAGGGCGCCGGAAAUCCCGGUGCCGGAGAUGGGAUUUACCGCAAUGCACCAGGUGAAUUUCCCGGCAAUGUACAAGCUGAGUUUCCCGGCUGGGGACAUGGCUCCUCGGGUGAUGUGCCAGGUGGGUUUCCCAGCACUGGAGGUGAGCCUCCUAUGGACGGUGGAUUUCCCGGCUCCGAAACUGGUUUUCGUGGCAAUGCAGCUGGUGGAUUUUCUGGGAAUGCACCAGCUGGUUAUCCCAGUGCCGGAACUGGUUUUUCUGGCCAACUUUUAGGUGGGGUGUGCUUUGAUUUGUCAGAGGUCCCGGUACGAUCACCAUCUGAUAGCCCUUUGGCUCCACAAUGGUACAGAUUGGAUGGCGAUGGCCACGUCUGCGGCGAUAUAAUGCUCAGUGUGUGGAUCGGAACCCAAGCCGAUGACUCGUUCUCAGAAGCCUGGCAAUCCGAUGCGCCCCACUUAGCCCACACUCGCUCCAAAGUGUACCAUUCUCCGAAGCUUUGGUACCUUCGACUUACUGUAAUUGAAGCCCAAGACCUUCCAAUCUCGAGGUUUUCAGAGACCCGUGUCAAGGUCCAACUCGGGUUCCAGUCCUCCAGGACACGUCCUUCUCCACCGAGUCAGGGGGGUUCGGUGUCUUGGCAUGAAGACCUCCUCUUUGUGGCUUCCGAGCCAUUGGAGGAUGCAGCGAUUCUAUUGGUUGAAGAGAGGUUUUCGGGCAAAGAACCGAGUCUUGUAGGCCAUGUAAUGAUACCAUUGGCUCCGGUUGAGCAGAGGCUUGAUGAGCGGCUCUUGCCUUCGAGGUGGUUCGUGCUCGAGAGCCCCACUGCAUUUGGUGGUGAGAGUGGCGGGGGCACAAAUGCGACCAACUAUAGAGGGAGAAUGCACCUACGGUUGUGCCUCGAAGGUGGGUACCAUGUUUUGGACGAGGCUGCACAUUUUUGCAGUGAUUUCAGGCCUACGGCGAGGCAGCUAUGGCGCCCGCCGAUAGGCACACUCGAACUUGGGAUCUUAGGUGCUCGAGCCCUCUUGCCUAUGAAGACCCAAACCCACGGUCCGCUGGGCUUGGGUCCAGGCGCAAUGAAGGGCUCCACCGAUGCAUAUUGUGUCGCUAAGUACGGGCACAAAUGGGUACGUACCAGAACCCUAACCGAUUCGUUCGAUCCUCGAUGGAACGAGCAAUACACCUGGCAAGUAUACGACCCUUGUACGGUGCUCACGAUUGCCGUCUUUGACAAUUGGCAUAUGUUCUCCGACAAGUGUCCGAUACGUCCCGACACUCGCAUUGGCAAGAUACGUAUUCGUGUCUCGGCCCUAGAGGGCAACAAGGUCCAUACACGAGCAUACCCAUUGCUCGUGCUUUUGCGCUCUGGUCUUAAGAAGAUGGGUGAGCUCGACCUAGCCAUACGAUAUACAUGUGGACCAUUGAUAGACACCUGUGGAGUUUACACACGCCCAAUGCUCCCUCGAAUGCACUAUACACACCCGAUCGGUCUAGCCCAGCAAGACGCACUCCGUGCUGCAGCAGCACGGUCGGUGGCAGCGUGGCUCACACGCUCAGAGCCUCCCCUGGGCCCUGAGGUGGUCCAAUACAUGCUCGACUCUGACUCCCACACAUGGAGCAUGCGUCGGUCGAAGGCUAACUGGUUUCGAGUCAUGUCCGUUCUUGCUUGGCUAGGUGGGCUGGCUCACUGGGUCCACGACGUGCGCCAAUGGCGAAACUCGGUCCAAACCAUCUUGGUCCAUGUGCUAUUCUUAGUUCUAGUUUGGUACCCUGAGCUUGUAGUACCCACUAUCUUCUUCUAUAUAGCCAUUGUGGGGGCUUGGUACUACAGGUUUAGGCCAGUGGGGCCAAUGGGGAUGGAUACCAGGCUGUCUCAAGCCGAGUCAUCGGAUUUCGAUGAGCUCGAAGAGGAGUUCGAUCUGAUACCCAGCUCAAGACCGAGUGAAGUGGUUCGGGCUCGGUACGAUAGGCUCAGGGUUUUGGCGGGACGAGUGCAGAGUGUGCUUGGCGACCUUGCUGCUCAGGGGGAGCGAGCCCAGGCCUUAAUUGCGUGGCGUGACCCUCGAGCCACGAGGCUCUUCGUGGGCUCAUGUUUGGCUGCCUCUUUUGUGAUGUAUGUCUCUCCUCCUAAGGUGGUGGCUGUGGCUUUGGGGUUUUACUUCUUGAGGCACCCUAUGUUUAGGGACCCUAUGCCACCUCCUAGCUUGAACUUCUUUAGGAGGCUGCCAAGCUUAUCGGAUAGGAUGCUAUGAUUUUUCCGGCCAAAUCUCGCCUUUUCUGGCAGAUGAUGCGAGGAAAUUUCGUAUUUUUCAGCCAUUUGAAUGGUGCUUUUAUAGGGGAGAAUGGCUGUUUUGAGGUGAAGCGUGGUUAAUGUUCUGCUCUCGAUGGAGGUUUGGGGUGGGAUGGUACUUAGGUGAUGAGGGGGUUAUGGGUGAGUUUUGAAGGGGAGAAUGGUGGUUUUGGGGUGAGUUCGAUGUGGUGGUUUUCUCCUUUUUCUAAUGGUGGGUAUUGGUGUGGAAGAAAAUGGAUGCGCGUUAGCGCAUUGGCUAUCGCGCUGGCUGUUGCUUGUUGGCUUUCGAGCCGAAGAUUGGGCAGCUGGUGUAAAGAUGGUGGUUUUUUAAAGGAAUUUGAAUGGGAGGUCUGAGUUUAUAUUUGUAAGAGAGGAAGAGCUUUAUUUGUUUAUAUAUAAUGAGGCUUGAAAAAUAAUGCUAGAUGUUACUUGUUUCUGUUGA